AAGAAAAGUAGGCUACCAUAGUUAAAGACUUACCCAAAAGCCGACUCGACUCGCCUCGACAACGUUAAACGGGAGGAACGAAGCCGUUGGCAUCUUCCCGGCCACGCGAGGGCGCCGUCUGGAGCUCGGCUCCAUCCUGUCCAGCAGCUCCGUGCCUACGUCACCAAAUUCCACCGAAUGCAAUGGAACAACGAAACAGCGUGUAAAAGCGUAAAGGUGGUCUCAGAAAACACUGCCAGAAAUUUAUGCAAGAUGAGGGAAGCGGCCGUUCUGCUCACACCAUGUGUGGUUCUGUGUCUCCUUCUGAGCUUCAGCCAGGCAGCCAGACAAGGACAGGACAUCAGAUGUGGAGCUUGCAGGGCUCUAGUAGAUGAGAUGGAGUGGGCCAUCUCCCAAAUAGAUCCUCGGAAAAUGAUCCAGACGGGAUCCUUCAGGAUCAACCCGGACGGCAGCCAGUCCAUCAGAGAGGUUCCUCUGGCUCGCUCAGAGGGAAACCUCCUUGAGCUGAUGGAGAAUGUGUGUGAGAGGAUGGGGGACUAUGGCGAGCGCACAGACUCUUCGACAAACAGGAAGUCCUAUAUUAGGAUAAAAUCUCGGAGCGGUGAGGCCAUGGACCUCUCAGAGGCCACGCUGGAUUCAAGAGUUACCGGCAGUUUAAAAUUUGCAUGUGAAACAAUUGUUGAGCAGCAUGAAGAUGAAGUCAUUGAAUUCUUUGCUCAGGAGACAGAUAAUGUCAAAGACAAACUCUGCAGCAAGAGGACAGACCUAUGUGACCAUGCUCUGAAUGUGCCGCACGACGAACUUUGAUAUCAUCCCGCCAUGGGUGCCAUCUGUCCUCAGCUGAAAUGGAGACGUUGGGUGAUGUUUUCAGUUGUCUCUUAUCACCGGUUUACGCCAUGGCAGUGGUGGAAGAUGUGUACACAUUUCUAUGCGAGAUAAUAGAAAAUCAACCUGAAAAUAAAAGUGUUAUUUCUGUGUUCUGUGACAAUUUAAGGACCAGUUUGCCAUUUUAUUUUGCUGUAUUUCUUUGGACCAUCUUGUCACCUCUUUAUAAACUUUAAGUUAUUAUACUUUUCAAUAAUCUGUGUUUCAUAUGGAGGCUCUAGCUUUCAGAUGCUGUUCAUCAGAAAAAACUGAAACUGUGAAACUGCAAAAAUUAAGUUAUACUUCCCAGUACGUAUUGGAUUUUUUUACAUACUUUAAAGUAUCAAGACUAAAGUUCUGUUUUCUUCAGCCAGUAAAACUGAACUCCAGUGUAAGUCCACCGGAGUGUGCUGUAGUCCACA